AUGUCAUCUCUUGCUGCUCGAAGCCUCCUCCGAACCACGUCCAGAAGCCUAAGCCGCAGCAGCAGCAGCAGCAGCAGCAAAGCUCCACUCUGCACCUCUACAAAACUCGUCCAGCAAUCCCUCAGACCGCACCGAUCUCCCCUCUCCCAGUUGCAAUCUGCAAGAGCUUUCUCCACCACCAUGGCUCCUCACAGUGCUGCCCCCGCGGGGCCAAAGCCAGAGUAUGAUCCCGAGAUCAAGGACAUGGCAGACUACAUCCACAACUACAAGAUCAACUCCGAUCUCGCUGUCGACACUGCUCGAUUCGUCUUCCUCGACACCCUGGGCUGCGGUCUCGAAGCCCUCAAGUUCCAAACCUGCACCAAGCUCCUCGGCCCAGUCGUCCCAGGCACCGUCGUUCCCAACGGUACCCGCGUGCCAGGUACUCCCUACGUCCUCGAUCCAGUCAAUGGUGCUUUCAACAUUGGUGCCAUCAUCAGAUGGCUCGACUUCAACGACUGCUGGCUGGCGGCUGAGUGGGGUCACCCAUCGGACAACCUGGGAGCCAUUCUCGCUGUGGCAGACUGGAUGAACAGGACAAACAAGGCAGGAGGCGAGAAGAUCAACAAUGGCAAGACCUUCACCAUUCUCGAUGUGCUCCACGGCAUGAUCAAGGCACACGAAAUCCAGGGUUGCUUGGCUCUGGAGAACAGCUUCAACAAGGUCGGUCUGGACCACGUCGUGAACGUCAAGGUUGCCUCCGCCGCUGUCGUCUCCCAAAUGCUCGGCUUGAACGAGGAGCAGACCCGUGCCGUCAUCUCCCAGGCCUGGGUCGACGGCCAGAGCAUGAGAACCUACCGCCACACUCCCAACACCAUGUCCCGCAAGUCCUGGGCUGCCGGUGACGCUUGCCAGCGUGCCGUAGACAUGGCCCUCAAGGUCAUGAAAGGCGAGGGUGGCCUACCAACCGUCCUCUCUACCCCAGUCUGGGGCUUCUACGACGUCAACUUCAACGGCCAAAAAUUCAAAUUCCAGCGCCCAUACGGCUCGUACGUGAUGGAGAACGUGCUCUUCAAGGUCUCCUACCCGGCCGAAUUCCACUCGCAAACCGCCGUCGAGGCCUCGGAGCGCAUCUACCACAAGCUGAAGAAGAUGGGCAAAUCCGCCGAGGACAUCGAGUCCAUCACCAACCGCACCCACGAAGCCUGCAUCCGCAUCAUCGACAAGCAGUUCAAGCCCAUGGACAACUACGCCGACCGCGACCACUGCGUGCAGUACAUGUGCUCCGUCAUGCUCGUCUACGGCCGCCUGACCGCCGACGACUACACCGACGGCGGCGAGGCCGCCACAAGCCCACUCGUCGAAUCCCUCCGCCAACGCAUCGCCUGCAGGGAAGACCCCGCCUUCACCACCGACUACCACGACCCCGAGAAGCGCACCAUCUCCAACGCCCUGACCGUCACGCUCAAGGACGGCACCGUGUUGGACGAAGAGGUCGUCGAGGCGCCAUUGGGCCACCGACUCCGGAGAGAAGAGGCGAAGCCCGAGAUCAUGGCCAAGUACUUGCGACACAUCUCGCCGCAUUUCCCCAAGGAGCAUGUGCAGAAGCUGGUGGAUUUGGGCAAUAACCCGGCCGAGCUGUACAAGACCCCCGUGGAUGAGUACAUGGAUUUGUAUGUCAAGGCUAAGAUUUUGUAG